AUGUCUUCAAUCCCAGGACUCCCUUCACGAGGAUCAGAUGUAACAAUUAACAUAACCAGGGUCCACUUGCAUCCUCUUUCUGUCCUUGUGGAGUUCUGGGGAAAAUUUAGCCAGGAAAGGACAGUAGAUUAUGAGCACCUAGCCAAAGACAUUCAGUCUCCUGGAAACAGAUUUCAAGAGUUGGAGGGGAAUCCUGGUGACCAGUGUUUGGCUCAGGUAGAUGGUACUUGGUACAGAUCUCGCAUAGUCUCAAGAAAUGGCUCCGAAUACAGUGUGUUCCUCAUUGACAAAGGGAUGACAUCCAGCGCCACCACGAGUAAGCUGGCAUGGGGUAAGAAAGACCAUUUCCAACUGGCUCCUGAAGUGGAGUUUUGUGUGCUAGCUAAUGUGUUACCACUCUCAGCUGAGAACAGAUGGUCUCCAGUAGCUCUUGAGUUUUUGAAGUCUCUUGCUGGGACGUCUCUGACGGCACAUGUUCAAGAUGUACUUGUGCAGCACAGAAUGUUUCUCCUGCACAUCCCUUGCAUAGCCAAACAAAUGUAUCAGAUGGGACUUGCCAAGGAGCUGUCUUCAGAGUUGUUCCAAGACUUUGUACUCAUGGCACUCCAGUUCCAUAGUAUCUCUAAAGUGUCUCCAGGGAUACAGCAACCCUCCAAGGGAGCAGGUGAGCGACUACACAAGCAAGAGCUGUUCCUGUACCCAGAGCUGCCAGGAGGAACUGUGGAGACCGUCGUCGUCACAGAAGUGAUAAAUCCUCAGAGGAUUUUUUGCCAGUUGAAAGUCUUCUCGCAAGAGUUGAAGAAACUGUCAGAACAACUCACACAAAGCUGCGAGGGCAGGAUAUCCAAUUGUGUUAUCGACCCUGAAAUGGUUGGGUUUCCAUGUGCCGCAAGAGGAGCCGAUGGCAGGUGGUACCGUUCUGUUCUGCAACAGGUGUUUCCAACCAAUAACAUGGUCGAAGUAUUGAAUGUUGACUUUGGAACAAAACAGUUUGUUCAAGUUAAGAAUGUCAAACCACUGGCUGCAGAGUUCUUCAGGAUGCCAGUUGUCACUUAUAUCUGCUCCCUCCAUGGAGUCAUUGACAAAGGGGUGGAAUGGACGAGCAGCCAGAAUGACUACCUCAGGAGUCUCCUACUGCACAAGACAGUGAUUGCCAAAUUUGAGUACCAAAGUGUCUCUGAGGGUGUGCACUAUGUCACACUCUAUGGGGAUGACAACACAAUCAUGAACAACUUGUUUGGUUCCAAGGAGCGCUGUUUGCUGGAAUGUGACAAGACACUUGGAGAUUAUUCCAUCCGCACCUCUGCAUAUGGCUGCCAGUCUCCAGCUCAACAAAACAGAAAUGAUAGAAAAAUGCUAACUACUGCACAGGCUGUAGAGGAAAACAAAGUAGCAGCAGUAGCAGAGAAGUUGCCUGCUGUAGACCUCCCUCUAAAGUCGUCACAUGUGGCAGUUGUUCAGCACAUAGCCAGUCCAUCAGAGUUUUGGAUCCAAACACAGAGUUCCGCAAAGCAGGUGGAUGAACUGAUUGAUGGCAUGUACCACCUGUACAAAAAUUCACCAAAAAAAGAUGCAGUAAAAAAUCCACCUGUUGGACUCUACUGUGCUGCCAAGUCAGAAGAUGGUGACUUCUACAGAGCAAUUGUGGCUGAAGUUUGUGAGACACAAAUCAAGGUGUUUUUUGUCGAUUAUGGAAACACCGAAAUGGUUGAUGGGAGUGACAUUAGGAUGCUUCCUGCUGAGUUCAAAAAGCUGCCACGACUGGCACUGAAAUGCAGCCUAGCUGGAGUCCGAUCAAAAGAAGGGAGCUGGACUAAAAGUGCCUCAGAGUUUUUCUUCAAAGCAGUCACAGAUAAAUCACUAAGUGUGCAUGUGAUGGCAAAAUAUGAUGACAGCUGUAUUGUCCAACUAACAGAUCCUGAAGCACAGGGAGAGCAGGAUGUCAGUACACAGAUGUGUAGUGCUGGUCUCGCUGAAAGAGCUGAGAUUCAAAGCAAAGCCAAAAUUGCAAUACAAACUGCCAUUAUGCCUCCUACACAGCACCCGGUUACCAGAGACUCAGUUGUGUUUAGCAACAGUGCAAUGCCUUUCCAAACCCAAAGCCCAGUUUGCUUUGUCAACAAUGAACAAAGAGUUUCUACCUUUAAGGAGCAGAUGUUUCCCAUCGGAAGUGUCCUUGAUGUCAUUGUGUCUUACAUUGAAAGCCCAAAUGACUUCUGGUGCCAGCUAGCAAAAAAUGCAGGCUACUUGAAACUGCUAAUGCAUGACAUACAGGCUCACUACGCUGGCAGCGAGUUUCAGCCCAAUGUAGAAACUGCUUGUGUUGCUCGCCAUCCUGAUAAUGGAAUGUGGUACAGGGCCCUUGUUAUUCACAAACAUGAAGCCCCUCAAGUGGACGUGUUGUUUGUUGACUACGGCCUAACGGACACCGUCUCUGUCUUUGACCUGAGGAGGAUCCUCCCAGAAUUCCUGUCUCUGCAUGCUCAGGCUUUUAGAUGCAGCCUGUUAAACCCCACUGACCCCACGUCUGCGAUAAAUGAGUGGAAUGAAGAGGCAAUAGCAAAGUUCCAAAAAUUUGUGGAAACUGCUAACCUUGUGCUUUUGAAGUGCACCAUAUUUGCUGUCAUGUACAGUGAGCAGAAGAUUGUUUUCAACAUUGUCGAUCUAGAAACUCCUUUUGAGAGUGUCUGCACCAGUUUGGCCAAUCUUGCCAAAAGUGCACCUCCCAAGAAACCUGCUGGACCAUCUUUCCGCCUGGACACUUACUACUACUCAACACACAACGUCAAACUUGGGACAGAGGAACGGAUCACAGUAACAUGUGUUAAUAAUGUCAGUCAGUUCUACUGCCAGCUUGAAAGGAACACUGAUGUGAUGAAAGAUCUCAAGAUGAAAGUGAGCAAUCUGUGCUGCCAGCUUGAAAGUGUAAAGCUUCCAGCAGUCUUUGGAACUUUGUGUUUUGCACGAUACACAGAUGGGCAGUGGUAUAGGGGCCAGAUCAAGGCCACAAAGCCAGCAAUUCUGGUUAACUUUGUGGAUUAUGGUGACACUAUUGAGGUGGACAAAAGUGACUUGCUUCCAGUUCCCAGAGAGGCAAAUAACAUCAUGUCUGUGCCUGUGCAAGCAGUUGUGUGUGGCCUCUCUGAUGUCCCUGCAUAUGUUCCCAGUGAGGUCAACAGUUGGUUUGAGACAAAUGCAACAGAAUGUAAAUUCAGAGCACUUGUAGUAGCCAGAGAACCUGAUGGGAAAUUGCUGGUGGAGCUGUAUCAUGGAAACACUCAGAUCAACACAAAGCUCAAGAAAAUGUUUCAGGUUAAGAUGUGCACAGAAAAACAAGUUGUCAACCAGGGCUGGAAAGCACUUGAGACAUCAACAAAUCGUUCCAAAAAAACACCAAAAUCUGGCCAAACACCAGCCACAGGCAUGGGAGAUCAAACACAAGCACCAAAGAAGAAUAACUUCUCUUCCCCAAAACCUCCACUUCAAACAAGAGAUGAGAGGAAAUCUACUGAUGUGACUCUGCAGUCUGCACCAAAGCCCAUGCGCCCUGUUUGUGAAAAUGGUCAGAGGGUCAAAACUGCUCCACUAGAGCGGUACAAACCUCCACAUCAAAGGCUGUCAUGCGAAAGGAUGACAAGUAAUGGUUCUGAACCAGCUGGUGCCCAUAUGACACCAAAAGUAGACAAACCCACUGACACCAAGUCUGAGUCACCUGACACAGAAUCCCAGAAUGAAAACAAUGCUGAGAAACUCCCUAAACUUUCAGACCUGCCCUCAAAAUCUAUCACACCUGGUAUGGCAGCAGAUGUUUAUGUAUCGCAUUGCAACAGCCCAUUGAGUUUCUAUGUGCAGUUUCUCAGUGAAGAGGAGGAGAUAUUUUCCCUGGUGGAGAAGCUCAAUGAUCCCAAAUCAGCUCUGAAAACCAAUGAUAUCAGAGACAUGCAUCCAGGUGACCUUGUUCAAGCAGAGUCCACAGAUGAUUCCUCGUGGUACCGAGCAGUUGUAAGAGAAAUGCACAGCAACUCGAUGGCUCUAAUUGAGUUUGUUGAUUUUGGAAAUACAGCAAUGAUGCCAAUUUCCAAGAUAGGCAGACUCCAUAAAUCCUUCUUGGAAUCACCUGUUUACAGCACACACUGUAUGCUGAGUGAUGCUGCAGUUCUUGGAGAUGAGAGAGUGCUCGAUCCAGAAGUGGUGUCAGCUUUCAAAGACGACAUUGGUGACAGUGCAGAAAAAGUGUUCAGGUGUCAGUUCAUCAGGCAGGUGGGAUCUGUGUGGGAAGUCAGUGUUGAAGACAGUGGCGUGACUGUUGUGUGUAAAGUAAAGAUAAAAUCUCCUGAGAUCACCUCAGAGAAGGUUAAAGAAGUUAAGGAGGAGCCAGUGCAGAUCUCGGAGAUCAGGCAAGAGGCAGAGAACACGGAGAAAUCACAAUUGAACCCAUGCUCUUAUCAUCAACAAGAGUUUUUAGAGGGCCAGCAGUUAGAGGUCUACAUCACCGUCUUAAAUGAUGACCAGACAUUCUGGUGUCAGUCCGCUAACUCAGAAGAACUCGAUAAGAUUGCAUCAAGUGUCUCAGAGGUUGGAGAUGCAACAGAUUACAAACAUAUCGACCCAGGUGCUUUCUUCCCUGGCAGCCCAUGCAUCGCUCGCUUUUCAGACGAUCAGCUUUGGUAUCGUGCAGAUGUCAUCGAGAAAGCUGGAGACAUGCUCUCUGUUGUCUUUGUGGACUAUGGCAACAAGUCCCAAGUCAACAUUACAGAUGUGAGAGAAGUGCCUCCUCUCUUGGUGGAAAUUCCACCACAAGCAUUAUUGUGUGAGCUUGAAGGCUUCGACACUUCAUGUGGACAUUGGGAGAGCCGUGCAUAUGACGAGUUGUCCACGCUUACAGCAGACAAAGUGUUACAGCUGACUCUCACUAGAGUCACAAGAGCUGAAGGAAAAACCAAAUGCUUUGUGCGGAUGGAGUGUGAAGGCAAGGUGAUAAACGAAGUGAUGAAAGCCUGGUGGAAGAGCUUCACAACAGAAGAACCUGACGCAGUUGAACUGACCUCGUCACAUGAACCACCACUGCAGUGUGUCCCAACUGUGGAUGAGGCAACGCUACCUGAGGAUAAACUAGAACACCCUGAUAUCCAAUCAGAUAGUGCUGUUAGUGGCAUUUAUCUGGAGACAGAUCAGAGUGAAGAGCACAGUGCUGAUGAGCUUCCUGACCCUCACAUAGUGAAGGAGGACUCAAAAGUAGAAAGUAGUCCCGAGAACAGGGAGGACUCUGAAGAUUCUGCUCAUACUGAGUCUUUUGUCGAGUCCCCAAAAGAGGAAAGCAGUUCCACUGAGGGGGUGGACACAGUCCCUGCUGUGGUGAUACCACAUAGAGACAUUUUGCCAUGCAGUUGUAGCAUAGAUGAAACCACGUUCCCUCCACUUGAUAACAAAUAUGGCCAAGAUGUUGUGAGCUCAAGCUGUAGCAUAAAUGUGGUGGAAACUGACAACGGCAUUGAAGAGCCGAGUGCUUCGGUGCACACUGUUGGACCCGAGGACUUGAGUUCUCCGCUGGAUGAGAACCUCGUAGAGACCGUGGAUGAGUCAGAGAGAACUGGGGAGGAGUCUCUAGCCGGAGAGAUGGAUACCUCUAACUUCAGCUUUGAUGUCAUGGCUUUUUCUGAUCCUGCUAAGGAAAGAGAUGACAGAGAGGUUGCUGUUGUAACGAGUACUCCUCUGUCCUGUACAACAACAGUGAAACUGGUUCCCCGCAAAACUGUGAGUCCCAGUGAGGGCACUGAUCUGGAUGGAACAACUGAUACAAGUUUUGAAGUCUCCAAAGAGGUUCAGGCUGUGUUGGUGCUGCCUUCUGUUGAGCCUCCUGUGCAGCAGUUGUGUGAGUCUGCCAUAGAGCAGGAAGCUGAAGCUGGAGAUGACAUUGCACAAGAGGAGGUGCCAUGUGUGACCACACAAGCUGAGGAUGACUCUAUUGAUGAAGAGGUCUCAGAUCAUCAUGAGGAUACACAUUCAGCCUUGCUGGCAGACAUGGACACAGCGACUAGUGAACUGCACACUGCAGCAGUUCCCUCUUCAGAAACGAGUGAUGAGGUUGGAGAGGUGACCACUAGUGAUGAAGAGACCUGUUCAACGGAUGUCUGCACAGAUCCAGAUGAGUUACAUGAUGAGAGCAAAGCGACGCAUGUAAGAGAAGAUCGUCUGAGCAGCAUGACAGCAGAGGAUAUUUGCGUCACUGGAGAAGCUGUUCCUCAGGAAAAAGAUGACUUGCAAUACACACUAGCUGAAGAAUCUAUUGAGGAUACCCUUGUUGAAGAGCUGACUUAUCGUGUUGGAGACAUCUGUUUGGCAGACAUCUGUCAAGACCAACAAGAAGAAGCUCUAAUAGUGACAGAGGACAGUGAGCAGCAGGUGACCACAGCUCCCCAACAAAAACAGGACUUCGAGGACACAGUGCUGACGGAAGAAACGUCGUCUUCUGCUGAGGACAGUUUUGACGGACAGUAUUUGUCUAAAAUAACAUUAUGUAUCUGUUGGCUUCAUGUACACUCAAAGAUGAAACUGAUUACAAGGAUUUCCCUUAAGAUUUCACCAACAGUGAAAAGAAGAAGUGCUGAGCUGCUCGUACGCAACAUUCAGGCCUCAUGAAACAAACACCACUACACCGAGUGCUUCGUCUGUCAGGAAAAAAAAA